UAAACCUGCAAAACUGUGUUUGCACUCUAGAUUUCCGAAGAUUUCUGAAUUACCGAUACAUUCGUUUAGUGAUUGAAAGUGAGCAAUUCUGACUGUGACCUUUCGAUAUAUUACAGUAGUGUUUGCGAUAAGCUACGUUGUAACAUUUAAAGUAUCACCAUGUCGAAGACUGAAAGCCACUCAACGCGCGCUAAUCAGGAUCGCGAUCGUGGAGAUGAAGACUCUGGUCGUCAGAAGUCGGGAUCCCAUCACGAAAAGUCUGGCCAGCACGAUGGACGUCGUGACUUCAAUCCUGAGGAUCAUCCGCGUGACGAAAGCGGCCAUUUCGUGAAGAAAGACGAAGCAGAGAACGAAGGACGCAACAGCGGCCAACAUGGCGGAAAGUCUGGAUCUGGAUCUCCGCAAGGAAAAUCCGGCCACCAUGAUGGACGUCACGACUUCAAUCCAGAGGACCAUCCACGCGACGAAAGUGGCCACUUCGUGAAGAAGGACGAUGCGGAGAACACAGGACGCCAGACUGGUCAGCAUGACGGAAAGUCUAAAUCUGGACAUGGCGGACAGGAGCGCUCGGGACAGCGCGAUCGCGACGAUCGUCAGGAUAGCGAUUCUCAGGAUCGUCCACGCGAUGAUUCAGGCAAGUUCGUCAGCAAGGACGAAGAAGGCAAGGGAAAGAGCCGCUCCACUGGUCACAGCGGAAAGAGUCGUGAAAACGACGACAUGGACGAUGAUGAUGACGAUGAGCGUGGCAAAGGUUCCGGCAAAGGCGGAAAGACUUCGGCACGUGGCAAGGAAGAAGGUGGUCAGGUCGAUCGUGAGACGGCCCGUGAAGAGCUGAGCGCCGCUGCAAAGCACUUCGCGGAGACUAUGCCACGCGAUGAUCAGGGUCGUUUCGUCAGCGAGAAGAAGUAAUGAUGAUCGGAGUGAGCGGAACGCCAUUGCUCGGAAUGUUUGUAAAUAGUAUGACUGCUGUACUUAAAAGUACUUGCGUUUUGGUGUACUCGAUCCAGUUGCAUAGUUCAGUGACUUCGGUCUGAUAGAAAUUCAUAUUUCUUUUAGCAUUUUAUUUCUGGAUAGAAAAUCACUUUUUGUCGAUUUUGCAUCUUUAACCUGAGUGUAAAAACACACGCUGAGAGAAGUUUCACUGGGAAUAGCCGAUUCCUUGGUUUAUAAUUAGCUUUGAUUUUCUGUUGUACCUGAAGUGCCAAUAUCGCAAUAAAUCCUACGUUUGA